UUUUAGUUUAAUAAAAUAACAAAGACAUGAUUUUUUAAUUUUAAACAAAUAUUUGUCAAAAAUACUUGUGAUGCGUUUCAGCAAAACUAUUAAAAUGUCAACAUUGUUUAUGUAUUCAAACAAAUGUGUUCUAAUACCAAGAUAUAUGGUGCAUUUGACAUCUUCUCUUUGUUGCAUCAAAAGAACCUGGCUUCACACUGUGCCUGUCCAGGAUGAUUAUACAUGCGAAAAUUUAAUAAAAAUUUACAGAAAGCAAUCAAAGAUUUUUAAAGAAGAUCCCUUAAGAAUCAUAAAGAGUGAAAAGCAUGCUAUUUUUGUGAACAAUGAAGUAAGUUUUCGCCACAUUAAUGUCUAUGGUUUUGACUAUGAUUAUACAUUAGCAAGUUAUUCUGAUGAUCUUCAUGAAACUACCUAUAUUAUGGCUAUGCAAACACUAAUUAACAAAUAUGGAUAUCCGCCAAGCAUCCAAGAAUAUAAAUACAAUCCUGCUUUUCCAAUUAGAGGUCUUCAUUUUGACUCAGACAAUGGUUAUAUGAUGAAAUUGGAUUGUUAUAGUCAUGUCCAGCUUGGUACUGUGUACAAAGGUUGGCAACAAGUAAAAGAUCAAGAUGUAUUGCAACAGUAUUCUGGCACUUUGAUUCAUGUGGAUAAAAUCAGCAAGGGAACCAAGAAGCAUGGAACUACCAUUCAUCAACAAAUGGAUUUGUUCUCUAUCCCAUUUUUGUCAUUACUUUCUAAUGUUAUUGAGUAUUUCCUUCAGAAAAAUAUAGAUUUUGAUCCUGGCUAUGUCUAUUAUGAUGUUGAGAAAGCUAUCCAAGACAUUCAUAUAUCUGGACAGCUUCACAUGGAAAUAAUGAAUGAUUUAGAUCGUUACUUACCAAAAAACCGUUACUUGGAAGCAUAUUUAGAGCGCUUGGUUAAUUCUAGUAAAAAACUUUUUAUUAUCACAAACAGUGGCUUUACAUUUGUAAAUGCUGGCAUGAAACAUUUAUUUGGAAAUUAUUGGAGAGAUUUAUUUGAUGUGGUUAUUGUAAGAGCAAGAAAACCAAAAUCUUUUGUGGAUACAGAAAGCUCUUUUCGUCCUUUUCGUACAAUAAAUUUGAAUACUGGUAAAUAUCAUUGGGAUCAAGUACAUAGUUUUGAAAAGCAUGGUGUGUAUGCAGAAGGAAAUGCUCGGUUGUUUUCUGAGUUUACUGGGUAUGAAGGACCAAGUGUAAUGUACUUUGGUGACCAUGUAUUUAGUGAUUUAAUGGAUCCAGUUCUAAGAUAUGGUUGGAGAACGGGUGCAAUCAUUCCUGAGCUAGAGAGGGAGAUUGAAAUUUGUAACUCAGAAGAAUAUAUCAGAAAUGUAAAAUGGCUAGUUGCUUUAGAAGAACUCAUAACGUUAGCUCAGUGUCGAGACAGUAUUGAAUUUAAAAAUCUUGCAUUCGAAUGGAGACUAGAACGGAAACGUUUGAGGAUAUCAUUAAAGGCAGCAUUCAAUCCUUACUUUGGAAGUAUGUUUCGAACGUUUCACAAUUCUUCGUCAUUUACACGCAGAAUGACUCGCUACGCGGACUUGUAUACUUCAAGCGUUUCUAAUUUACUCCACUACAAUGAGAACUAUCACUUUUUUCCCAGAAGAAUUUUAUUACCCCACGAACAAGACUAUAACACGGUUUUUAAUUAAAAGUAUCAAGUAAUGAUUCUCGGAACUGGGCCAGGGAAAAAAUAACAAAAACUGGUUUGUGGUCAGUGACUACGAAUCCGGUUAAAGUUUAUUAAAUUUUUUUUUUUUUUUUUUUUUUUUUUUUUUUUUGCUUUUAUUAUUUUAUAAUUACUUACGAAAUAAGUAAAUUUUUAUUACUUACGAAAUAAAUAAAUUUUUAUUUCUUACGAAAUAAGUUAAUUUUUAUUACUUACGAAUUGAGUAUAUUCUUAUUACUUACGAAUUUGCAAAUUGACAUUGCGAAAAUACUUAAUAAAUGUGUUGUAAAAAUA